CCGUGCCGGAGGCGGUACCGAUUGCCUUGGGCGGUGUCGAGAACCAUAGCCGGGAUCGGGCCGGGCCUGGAGAGCUGUUUUCCGCUGUGACUGGAUACGGCAUCCAAGGGGACGGCCGAGGCGGGUCGGAGGCGGUGCUUGUCGUUGUGGGCCGGGAGCGGAGCUGGUAUCGAUGGGCAGGGCCAGACGUUCCCCGGUUCGCGGCCAUGGAGCUGAGCGAGGUGACCGAGCGGGUGGAGACUGGCGAUCAGAACCGCGCCUUACCGGCGCUGCAGCGCUUCAUCGCCGAGAACUCGCAAUGUUUCCUGUUCGACGUGGAGGGGAGAGACCAGAGACGGGGUCCGAGGGAACACCUUCUCAGGCCCUGGGGAUUUAUCCACCCUGAUUUGCCUCAGGACAGAAAACACCACCUUCUCUGUAAUCUGUACAGGGUUAUUGAGCGACUGGGACAGGCAGUACUUUGUCUCCUGGACCAGACCUUGCAGCCGGCCUGCCAGCUAGCUGGCCUGGGCUGCCUGCGCAUCCUUUCCCGUGAGAAGAGCAACCUGAGGCCUUUCGCUGGCAGUGCGGCCCUGCGGAUGUUAGCCAGGCAUGCUGGGAUUGAAAGCGAGCUGGAGCGAGAGGGGGGGCUGCCUGACCCUGACGUGAUGAUGGAAGCUCUAAAGUGCCUCUGCAACGUGGUAUUCAACAGCACUGCAGCCCAGGAGGUGUGUGCGGACAGCGGCUUGGUGGUGGGCCUCUGCCGGCGGCUCAGACUCGGCGAUAAGCAGUUGUACUCUGGCGUCCGGUUCUUUGACCUCCGGCUAUUGUUCCUCCUGACGGCUCUCAGGCUCGACGUCCGGCGUCAGCUGGGCCGCGAGCUGCGGGGUGUGCGCCUGCUGACCGAUGUCCUGGAGCACACAAUGGCUGUGCGAUGGGUCAGCAGCCUGGAGGUGGCUGCCCGAGACCAGGGUGACCCUCCACUGGCCCAGGAGCUGACUGACUGCGCCAUGGAAAUCCUCAAGGUCCUCUUCAACAUCACCUUCGACCUCUACAAACGGCAGGUGGACGAGGAGGACGCAGCUCUGUACCGUCGCCUGGCAGCCAUCCUGCGGCACUGCCUGAUGACCAAGGCGGAUGGGGAGGAUCGGACCGAGGAGCUGCACAGCCACACAGUGAACCUGCUGGGUAACCUGCCCCUGGAGUGUCUGGACGUCCUGCUGUUGGCCCAAGUGCAGCCUAGCUCUGUCGAGUAUCUGGGAAUGAACAUGGAUGCUGUGGAAAUACUACUGGGUUUCCUGGAGAAGAGAGUGGACCGGGGACACCGUUUGAAGCAGACCGUGACCCCUGUUCUCAACUUACUGAUACAGAGUGCCAGGGGUCACCGGGAGACCAGGAAGUUCCUCAGGAUGCAGGUGUUGCCCCCACUCCGGGACGUCCAGACCCGGCCCGAGGUUGGGAACAUGCUGCGGAACAAGCUGGUGCGAUUGAUGACUCACAUCGACACGGAUGUGAAACACUGCGCAGCUGAGCUGCUCUUCGUUCUCUGCAAGGAGAAUGUGACGCGGUUCGUGAAGUACACUGGGUAUGGGAACGCCGCUGGUCUCCUGGCUGUCCGAGGACUGAUGGGGGGCUGCCCAGCCGAGGGGGAGGGGAACUAUUCCGAGGACGAGGACACAGACACCGAGGAGUACAAGGAAGCCAAGGCUGAGAUUAAUCCAGUGACUGGGCGAGUGGAAGAGAGAACGGCCAAUCCAAUGGACGGCAUGAGCGAAGCCCAGAAGGAGUAUGAGGCCAUGAAAUUAUUCAACAUGUUUGACAAACUGGCCAGGCAUCAGAUAAUUCAGCCGCUGAGCUUGGCCCCGGAUGGGAAGUUGGUUCCUCUGGAGGAGGUGAUGCAGCCACUGUCCGAAGUGUCUGAAUCGGACUCGGAUUCAGAUUGAGAUGGGUGUCCAGGAAAGUAUUGGCAGCACCUGUGAACGGGCACCGGACACCUCCAGCUGUAGCAGUAAAUCAGCGGUGUAGAUAAUUGCUUGUAAUCGUGAGAGACGCAGAGGGCAAGCAUUAGCAGGCUGUUCACCAAGAGCAGAGAUGAGGUUCUGCUGUGCUGGUGUCAGUAAUAAAGCUCUCCUCCUGUGAGUGAGACCAGACACCGAGGGGUCAGGACAGACCUCACCCCACCCUCCUGUCCUCCACUCCCACCAAUCCUCUUCCCUGCAGUCUCCCGUCCCCUAAUUCUGCCCCUGUUCUGUGGUUCUGACCCACGAGAGGGGACUGAAGUUGAGACUUGAGCCUUAUGGUGGUCCUGUUCUGAGCUUUCAGUCCCAGUUCCACCCCCCCUUGGGGAUUUACUGAGGCAUCUCGCUGUGGUGUGAGCACAGAGGGCAGCUCCUGACUGACGGCUCCUCCUGAACAUGCUCUCACCUGCGCCCAGCCAGAGAUUCUGUUUUCCACUGACGGAGCAUCCAUGGGGAGCUGCUUGUUCAUUGUCGAUGUUUUUAAUGUUCAUCAGAUUAGUCCCAAAGGUGUGCCCUGCCCUCUGUGUGUGUUUGUGUGGUGUUGUUCUACAGACUUUGGGUCUUGCUGGCAGGGGAAGAGGAGCUGCUAAGCCCAAGGCUGAUAGCUGGCACAUUAAAGCAACACCUCUCCCCACCCACCCUGGCCCUGGCGAGCCGCCCCACCUGCUGACUCUAGAUGUAGGGGGACAUAAUGAUCCUGGCCUGGUAGAGUACACUGUCAGGAUGGUGGUACAGGCAGAUAGAUCAGGGACAUUUAGGAGACUAACAAAGAUGAUAGAAAAUGGAAGGCUAUGUAGGAGGGAAAGCUUAGAUUGAUCUUAGGAUAAGUUAAAAGUUCAGCACAUAUUGUGGUCCGAAGGGCCUGUACUGUGCUGUAAUGUUCUAUGAGGAGCUUAGAGACGAGUGAAUCUGGAAUUCAAUGCCACAAACGACUAUGGAGGCCAAGUCAUUUGAAGUGGCAGUUGAUAGGGUUCUUGCUUAGUCAGGAUAUCAAAGGUUAUGUGGAGAAGGCAGAGACUGAGGGGGAGAGGAAUAAUAAAUCAGCCAUGAAGAAUGAAUGGCCUAAUUCUGCUCCUAUAUCUUAUGAUGUUAGAUGAGGAGUAGCUUGUAUAAAAAGGGGGAGGUUCACCAGUGCGUUGCGAUGAUUGGACUGUCCCUAGGUUGGAGUAGUUUGCAGAUUCUGGGCCGUAGAGGGAGGGUUUACACAAGAAACUUUCCGGUGAUCGGGGAGAGGGUGUUUCUGCCGAGUGUUGGCACUGAUCGGUGAGGUUGGGGGAUGGUGUCUGGUUGAAGUCAUGCUGCCAGUGGGGAGUGGAGCAGCGCCCGGGCCUGCUGACAGCUCAGCCACUGGCUGGUCGCAGAGUACAGACUGACCACUGUGCGCUCCCUCAGAUCGAGUGCAGGGCACGCUGUGACGGGCGCGGAUGGAGGAAGGACUGUAGUGCAAUGUUGGGCUCUGACUCGGAGGAGGUGUUUGGAACGGAACAAGACAGAUUACCACAGCUCUGCAGCAACACAGCAAAUUUCCUCAAACUGUCAUCAACCCACAACUUGAAACGUCACUCAUAAACCACAUCUGUACGUUAGUUCAGUGUUUAUAGGUCUCUCCAUCUAGAACAGAGCGAUGUGAUUCUCGUUCCCGCACAGGCACACACACAGCACCAUUCACUCUCUCUCACAAACACACACACCAACCCACCACUGUGCCCACACACACAUGCGCCCCUCCGUCCACCCUCACGUGCCUGCACCCCGACGUCCACUGCCACUAUACACACACCUUGAGGAUACAAGGAUCGCAGUGGAUAGUGGGGAACAGAUGGGCGUUAUUUACUUGGAUUUCCAGAAGGCUUUCGAAAGGAGCCACUUGUCCAUGAGAUAAGGAUGCAGAGAGUUGGGGGUGAUGUAUUAACAUGGAAGAAGGAUUGGUUAACUAAUAGAAAACAGAUGGCCUAUUCCUGCUGCCAUUUUCUUAUCUGAUACCCACUCACACACUCUCUGUCCACAAGUGCCCACACGCACACACUCUCCACCCUGGUGCACGAAUGCACCACAUGUCCCUCUGUCUUAUUCACACACACUCGCUAUUGCUCACUCACUAUAUGCUUGUUUGUGUUCUCUCUCCCCUCCC